GGAAUGCCUUAUGUGGAUCGGCAGAACCGAAUCUGUGGGUUUCUGGACAUCGAGGAGAAUGAGAACAGCGGCAAGUUUCUGCGGAGGUACUUUAUUCUGGACACGCAGGCCAACUGCCUGCUCUGGUACAUGGACAACCCCCAGAACCUGGCAAUUGGGGCAGGAGCUGUUGGAUCUUUGCAGCUGACCUACAUCUCGAAGGUGAGCAUAGCCACCCCAAAGCAGAAACCCAAAACUCCGUUUUGCUUCGUCAUCAACGCCCUCUCGCAGAGGUAUUUUCUUCAAGCCAAUGACCAGAAAGAUCUGAAGGACUGGGUGGAAGCCUUGAACCAAGCCAGCAAGAUCACUGUACCCAAAGCUGGGAACCUGCCUCUGACAACUGAAGUUCUCAAGAGCCUAGCAACUCCUCUGGCCUUAGAGAAGAAGCCACAGGUGGCCUACAAGACAGAGAUCAUCGGAGGGGUGGUGGUACACACGCCCAUCAACCAGAACGGCGGGGAUGGGCAGGAAGUGGGUGAGCUCGGCUCCCACGCCAUCCUUCGGAGGUCUCAGAGUUACAUCCCCACGACCGGCUGCCGGGGUCCCACCGGGCCGCCCCUCAUCAAGAGCGGCUACUGUGUGAAGCAAGGGAACGUGCGCAAGAGCUGGAAGCGGCGCUUCUUUGCGCUGGAUGACUUUACCAUCUGCUACUUCAAGUGUGAGCAGGACCGAGAACCACUUCGUACCAUAUACCUCAAGGAUGUUCUCAAGACCCACGAGUGUCUGGUCAAGUCUGGCGAUCUGCUGAUGAGGGACAACCUGUUUGAAAUAAUAACCAGCUCCAGGACCUUCUACGUGCAGGCGGACAGUCCGGAAGACAUGCACAGCUGGAUUAAGGAGAUCGGGGCAGCUGUCCAGGCCCUCAAGUGCCACCCCAGAGAGAUGUCCUUUUCUCGGUCCAUUUCUUUGACCCGCCCUGGAAGCUCCAGCCUCUCAGGGGGGCCCAACUCUAUCUUGUGCAGAGGGCGAGCACCCGGGGAGGAGAGAAAGACCCUCUGCAAAGCCCCCUCCCUGGCCUCCUCCUGGCAGCCCUGGACACCCGUCCCCCAGGCCGGGGAAAAGCUGCUUCCCACCGAAGAGACUGCUGAGGACUCUUUGUUCACGCCUCGACUUGGGGAGAGCAGUACCUCUGGGGUGCUGCCCAGCUCCCGGAUAAGACACCGAUCGGAACCCCAGCAUCCCAAGGAGAAGCCAUUUGUGUUCAACCUUGAUGACGAAAAUAUACGGACCUCUGAUGUGUGAUGAGGCGCGGUGCCUGGGAGGGAGGGCGUGGGCUCAGACAAGGGGCCGUGACUCAGUGUCUCCAUCUGAUGCAGGACAAUCAGACACCUUCCCGGCACUCGCAUCCCUGUGGAGUGGGAAUCCAGCUGACUUUUUAAAGAAAACGAAUGCAGUGUUUUUCAUUUGGGAAGGUCACUAGGUUAGACCUGUAGGCUUGCUCAGUGUGCCUCUUGCUCGACUCUUCCACAGUCCACCUGGUGAGCGGAGGUUGGAAGUCCAGUUUCAUUCCUAACCAAUUUUUAGUUCCUUGUCUUUGUCUUAGCUUCUUCCCUUUGUUUUCAGGCCAGGCACAGAACCUUGAGGCCAGUCAUCUGGUCUUAUCCUAUUCUUAUACA